AUGGUUCGACCUGGUCGUAGUGGUGCGAACCCGUUCAGUGCCACGGCCACCCAAGCCGCCACCGCAAACUCGGAAGGUUGCGAAGACCUAUCGCUCCCGGCUACCCCUUUCACAGUAGAGCAAGUCACGCGGAAUCUCGUGGCUCGUCUGAGCAAUGGGGAGCAUUACACUCGGGUCGGCGCUCGGUGCCUGCUUGCACUGUCGUCGUCGAGAAACGGUUCGGACGCGCUGAGUAAGGAGUAUGCCGAUGCAUACAAGCAGAGUCCUGGGACUGUUUCCCACCCUCCCCAUGUCUUCCACAUUGCAAGCUCUGCGUACCGUCACAUGGUUCGCAGUCAGCAAGAUCAAUGUGUCAUUCUGAGUGGAGAGAGUGGUUCAGGAAAAUCACAAUCUCACAGGUUCAUCACGCGACACCUGUGCGAUCUCAGCAAGACCUCUUUGAAGAAGAGCAAAGUGCAUUCAGCAGUUCUCAAGGUCGACUCUGUCUUAUCCGCGUUCGGAAAUGCGCAGACGCCCUUCAAUACCGAUGCUUCAUGCUACACGCGCUAUGCCGAAUACCAAUUCGAUAAGAGGGGUAAGAUGGUUGGCCUGAAGCUUGUCGACUAUUUGCUCGAGAAGUCGCGAGUUACAGGAGCCGAAGAUGGUGGACGAAGCUUCCACAUCUUCUACUAUCUGUUGGCCGGUGCUACACCUGACGAGAAGAUGCAGUUGCACCUGUCGGACCCUGCUCACUUCCACUACCUCAACCAGUCGACCGUUCGAGUGGCUACAGCUGACAGCCUGGUAGCAUUGGACGAGCUAAGGGAUAACCUGAAGUCCCUCGGAAUCGGACGCAGACAACAAGCCCAGCUCUGGCAACUCUUAGCUGCGAUCCUUCACUUGGGAAAUAUCACUUUCCAUGAUGACCCCAACAACACGCAGGAGUCGUGCUCAGUGCGCAACUAUGCACAGCUUGAGCUCGUUGCAAGCCUGCUUGGUCUCCACCCCGCCGCAAUCGAAGCUGUCCUCACAUACCGCACAAAGAGGGUCGGCCGCGACAUUACGUCCAUUUUUCUGAAUGCCGACGGAGCUGAGAAGCAACGUGACAGUUUCGCACGCUCCUUGUACGCUGUCGCCUUCAGUUGGAUUAUUGAGCAACUUAACAACAAGCUCUGUCAGGAAGAGUCUGCGUGGUCCACUUUCCUUGCCGUCCUUGACGCUCCUGGUUUUGCGGGCCGGGAUAUUACUGGGAACGGAUUCCACCGUCUCCUUGUCAACUACGAAAACGAGAAGCUGCAUAGUCUCAUCAACGAACAGCUCUUCGAUCUCCCUCGCAUCGCGUUCACUGCCGAAGGUCUCGCGUUCAGUCAGAGUGAUUUCACAAGUAACCGGGAGACUCUCGCCGUCUUGUCUGGCCCGAAGACUGGUGUCCUCCAAAUUAUCGAUCAAGAGGCAGCUAGGGGUACGAAGGACUCGAAGAUCAACGAAAAGCUAUACGGUGCUCAUGGGCAGACCGACAACACCGCUUUCGUCGCGGCCAAGAAGCCCAAGCAUUCGUUUGGAAUCCGCCAUUACGCUGGAGCGGUCGAGUACGACACUCGAGGAUUCUCGGACAGUGACUCGGACAUUCUUCAAUCUGACUUCGUCACACUCGUUCGCGGUAGUCCCGAGCAGGCUGGAACUGCCAAUAUGUUCCUUCGUGCCAUGUUCUCGGACCGCUUGAUCGCCACGCAUGCCAGCAAGCGUGACGGCAAGGCGGUCUCUGCGUCCAGCAAGGGUCGUAACCCAUCCGUUAAGCACCGUCGCAACAAGAAGGGACAGGACGUGGAAGAGGAAAGCUCAAGCGAUCCUAGUGACACCGUCGGUUAUCAGUUCCGCCAUGCGUUGGGGGAGCUGCUCCCUACCCUGAGCGAUGCGCAAUCCUGGGUGAUCUAUCACCUCAGGAUCAACGAUGACAUCUCGAGCAGGAACGUCGACCAAGAAGCUGUGCGACGACAAGUGCAAUAUUAUGAUAUCUUGGCCCUCACUACCUGCACCGCGGUGGUGUACACCUUCGCUAUGACACACGCAGAGUUCCUGAAACGCUACGCAGUGAUUGUCAGCCCAUCGGGAGGGGACAACAGGCAAAAGGUUCACGGGAUCCUGCUUGCCAAGGACUGGAAGGAAAAGGAUGCUGUCGUCGGGUCGUCCCGCGUGUUUCUCUCCGAGGCCGCGUGGAAAGCUCUGGAGCUGCAAUUGGCGGCUCAGGAAGCGCAGGAAGUAGACGCGAAGGAUUCCUACGAUGCCUCCGUCUACGCCCGGUCAGAACACAGCAUGGACGAUAAUAUCAGUCAUUACGAGUCUGAGAUGGAGUUCGAGCGCGAACCACGAAAGAGUAGCUCGCAGAUCAUGCUCAUCAAGAAUGGUGUAGAUUUGGAAGGAGGCUAUGGGGGUAGCGAAAAGUCUUUCAGUCCCCUGGCAAAGGAUGGCGUCGUCGUCAACGAGGUUCCCGUCAAGGCGGCGAAGAAACCGAAGAAGAAAAUGACCGGAACUCGCUGUCGGUGGUUAUGCUGCACAUGGAUGACCACCGGUCUCAUUCCUCCCUUCUGCCUUUGGAUAUUCGGCAUGAAGCAGAAGGAUCGACAGAUGGCAUGGAGAGAAAAGGUGGCGCUUUGCUUCAUCAUCUUCUUGAUGAACUGCGCCAUUCUUUUCUUCAUCAUCGGCAUGGGCUACUUCAUCUGCCCGAAGAAAGCAGAGUUAUCCCCGGGUCAAGUCUCAAGCAAAGUCGGCCUCGAUGGUACCGGCAUGGUUCACUUGUACGGGUCUUACUAUACCGUUGCCUCAUCUCUCAUCAACGACGAGCCCAACCACCCCACGAACCAGGCCCUGUGGAAAGACAACAUUCUUGGGCACGAUAUCCGCCAGCUGUUCCCAAAGCUCGAUGCUACAGGCUCCAACUUUGCAAGUGUUUGCCCUGGUUUCACUAAACCAACGACGUUCCAGGAGUUUGUUGAACUACCUCCCUUGAGCUGGUCCCCCCACAGCACCGCCAAAGUUGACCCCUCAUCACGCAAAGGAACCGUCGUUUGGGGUCCUGAAUCCUUCGCAACCGCCCCGUCAAAUCGGUACUUGAUCGCGUACGACAGGGUCUACGAUGUUACCCCAAUUGAAGGUCCCAACUCAUUGUACAAGCAACAACGUGCGGGCGGCCCCUCUUUCCUGGAGACCGACAACACCCGCACCGGAGGUGCCGACAACUACGUGUCGAACAAGAUCUUGAACCGCGCCAGCAACAACCCUGGAGACAGUACCGCGGACUUUGAGAAGCUUCGUACAUCCUUCCCCCAGGAUUUCGCCAGUAUCAAGAACUGCAUGGAUAAUCUUUUCUAUGUUGGUCAAGUGGAUCACCGUAACGACCUGCAAUGUCAAGUUCCCAACUACGUCAUGUUGGUCGCGUCUAUCAUUAUCGUCGCUGUGGUUGGAUUCAAGUUCUUGGCGGCACUUCAGUUCACCACCAAGAGGAACCCCGAAGAGCACGACAAGUUCAUCAUUUGCCAAGUCCCUUGUUACACAGAGGGUGAAGCUUCUCUGUUGCGUACUUUGGAGUCUUUGGCCACCUUAGAUUACGAUGACAAGCACAAGCUGCUCUUCGUCAUUUGCGAUGGUAACAUUGUCGGUUCCGGAAACGACCGCCCCACGCCUCGCAUCGUUCUCGACAUUCUCGGAGUCGAUCCCAAUGUUGAACCUGAAUCCCUGAGCUUCCAAAGCCUGGGUGACGGAAACAAACAGCUCAACAUGGGCAAGAUCUACUCUGGACUCUACGAAAUCCAAGGGAAAGUCGUUCCCUACAUUGUCGUCGUCAAGGUUGGAAAGCCCACCGAAAGGCAGCGCCCUGGAAACCGUGGAAAGCGCGACUCGCAGUUGCUUUUGAUGCGUUUCCUCUCCCGUGUCCACUUCAACCAAGCCAUGAACCCGCUCGAACUCGAACUCUACCAUCAAAUGAAGAACGUCAUCGGGGUCGACCCCUCCUUCUACGAGUACAUCUUCAUGGUGGAUGCCGACACUGAGGUUUACAAGGACUCGCUCAACCGUCUCGUUUCGAACAUGGCCCGUGACUCCAAGAUCGCCGGUAUUUGCGGUGAAACGCAAAUCUCGAACGAACGAGACUCAUGGGUAUCGAUGAUCCAAGUCUAUGAAUACUUCAUCUCCCACAACAUGGCAAAAGCCUUCGAAUCUCUCUUCGGAAGUGUUACCUGUUUGCCCGGUUGUUUCAGUAUGUACCGUGUUCGUACGCCGGUCAAGAACAUCCCGCUUUUGAUCUCCCCGACCGUCAUCAAGGAUUACUCGGAGAAUGUUGUCGACACGUUGCACUUGAAGAACUUGCUCCAUCUCGGAGAGGAUCGAUACCUCACUACAUUGAUGCUCAAACAUUUCCCUAACAUGAAGACGAGCUUUACCGGUGACGCCAAGUGUAAAACCAACGCUCCCGACCGCUGGUCCGUGCUUCUCUCGCAACGUCGUCGAUGGAUCAACUCCACUGUCCACAACUUGCUCGAGUUGUUGUGGUUACCUGAGAUGUGCGGCUUCUGCUGUUUCUCUAUGCGCUUCGUUGUGUUUCUCGAUCUUUUUGCGACAUUCGUGCAGCCUGCCGCUCUGGGUUACAUCGUCUACCUUGUAUGGUCCGUCGCUACGCAGCAUGACAGCCAGUUCCCGUUGAUCAGUAUUAUCAUGUUGGGAGCCCUUUACGGUUUCCAGAUGAUUAUCUUCCUUCUGAAGAGGGAGUGGCAACACAUUGGAUGGAUGAUAAUUUACAUCCUCGCCAUGCCGAUCUUUGGUGCAUUCAUUCCCUUGUACUCCUUCUGGCACUUUGACGACUUCUCGUGGGGUAACACCAGACAAGUUGAGGAAGGAGGCAAGGUCGUGGAGAAGCCGGUCGCUGAAGAAGACUUUGACCCGAAAAGCAUCCCUCUUCGCAAAUGGGCCGACUUUGAACCUGAACGUCUGGAAUUAGAGGCGGAUACUCGCUCUCGACGCUCCUCGUACCACUCUGGCUCCGCCGGCGGCUCGUCUGGGCGAUCCAAGGGGCACGCCGCUUCUGCGUACAGCGGGUCAGUGUACGGAGGCGGUGCUUCCGUUUACGGUGGAUCCGUGUACGGAGGAGGUCCUGGGUCAGUCUAUGGAGGUUCACAAUACGGUGGUGCGCCUUACCCAGCACCGCCAUACCCUGGAGCACCUAGCAUUGACGCUUACACCAACCGGAUGAGCUGGGGAACACAUUACUCUGGCCACCCGGGCGCACAACCCGACUUCUCCGGCCUGCCACCCGUUCCACCACCGGGCGCCGCGCAACCGCUGGCGCGCAAGAGCUCGCAGCGAUCUGCAUACAGCGCGUCCUCAGACUCUGCCCCUCGGGCGCUUCCCUCGGACGACGAGAUCCUUCGCCAAGUGCGGCACAUUCUCUCCACGGCCGAUCUGAUGACGGUCACCAAGAAGAGUGUGAGGGAGGAUCUGAGCAAGUUCUUUGGAGUUGAUUUGAGUGCAAAGAAGGAAUGGAUUCACCGAUGCAUUGACGGCGUGUUGAAGGGCGAGUUAUAG